AUGGCUGAUACCAACGAAGCCACUAACAAGCAACUGAUGGAAUUCAUGCAAGCUAUGAGAGAAGACAUCUCUAGAAAUAAAGAGCAGACAUAUGCGCUGUUAGAGUCAAUGGCUAACGAUAAUGCAGCACUCCUCGAAGAGAUGUUACAACUCAGAAAUCAGAACGCUUCCCAAGGCCAUGAUCCUGCAACUAUGGCCAAGCAGAUUAUCGAGUUGAGGGGAGAUAUAGAUAAGUUAACUAAAACACCUCCCGCCUUGGCCAAAAUCAAUGCUAAUUGCUAUAUGGGGUCACCGUUUGUCGAUAGUAUAUACCAAACGGAUUUGCUGCACAGGUUCAGUGUGCCGAGUAUGAAGUUAUACAAUGGGACUGAUGAUCCUGAGGAUCUUGUGGCCCAUUACAAAUUGAAGAUGGGUGUGAUCGCUAUACCUAUCGCUUCUUUUGAGAAGCUAAUCGAGACAUUUAUAACGCAGUUCUCUAGCAGCCGUAAGAUCCAUAAAUGUUCUGAUGACUUAUUCAAUACGGAGAAGGUAUCUAUACCUUACUGCGACCCGGGGACUGCUAUACAAGCACUCCGGAGUUGUCUUCUCCCAGACGGGGAGUUUUAUAAAGAACUCACAAAGUGUGACAUAAGGUGCUACGAAGAAGCUCUUAUUAAAGCCACCGUGUUCGUUCGAUGGGAGGAAGAUGCAAGGAGAAAACCAUCCCAUCCCCCUAGAGAAGAGAAACGCGAAGAUAAACGUCCUAAGAAGGAGAAAUCCACCAUUGGUGAGCCUAGCAAUAAUUGGCGCUCCCGUAAGUCUAGAGCAUCCGAUUACGCUAAAAAUUGUCCAGAGUAUCCCCUCCGGAUACAUCAAGUCGAGGCUGUGCAAGUUUUGAAGAAGAUGGGCAAUGAGGUUAAAGGCCUCAGGUAUGAGGUGGAUUACCUGCUAAAAAAAGGUCAUUUGAGAGAGUUACUAUCUGAACUAGGUAGAGCUAUCUGGGAAAAGAGGAAAGUUGAUAACCCAAAGGCAUUACCACCGCCACCAUUAGCCACGCAAACUUACUGUGUAAUCUCUGGAGGGUUAGAGAUUAGUGGAAUUUCUCAUACCUCUGCCAAGAAGCAUGAGAAAGAAGUGGCGAACCCAGCCACCAAAAUGGCGCGGUCUAUAGGGACUUUCACUAACCAAGUGAUGGUCUUCGCUAAUGAUGAAGCUACCCAGCUUUUGCAUCCGCACCAUGAUGCUUUGGUGCUUACGCUUCAGGUUGCUAACAUUAAUCUGAAGCGCAUCCUGAUUGAUAAUGGAAGUUCAGCCAACGUAUUAUUUUUGGCUGUGUAUAAAGGGAUGGGUCUAGAUGAAACCCUGAUAUUACGGAAGUCAACGGCGCUUGUUGGGUUCAAUGGCGAGGUGAGCCAUUCGCUUCGUGAAGUUACCUUACCAAUCUAUGCCCCAGGAUUGAACAAGCCGACUAGGUUCUCGAUUGUGGAUUCACCUUCUGCUUAUAAUGCCAUUCUGGGACGACCUUGGUUGCACGCCAUAAGGGUCGUACCCUCUACUUAUCACCCAAGUCCUACGCUACCCUACCAAUGGUGGUGUUAG